AUGACGAAGACUUCCAUCCCUCUGCCCCAUACAGUGGCGGUUCAAGACCUUGUUCCCAUCCUCAAGUCCCAUUGGGUCGCUGUCUUUGUGGGCGCACUUGUCGCGGCUGGUCUCUACGCCGCCGUUCAAGGCGCCUACGAGACAUGGCAGCAGAAUAACACGACUUCGAACCUCCCCGGCCCCGCCAAAGACCACUGGUUCUGGGGCAACCUCACCCAGGUGAUCGCCACAACGCCCCACGCCGUCGGUUCGGGAUGGCUCGACAAGUAUGGUCCUACGCUCCGUUUCAACACUGCAGGCGGUAAGACAGCCGUCCUCACCGCAGACCUGACUGCUAUCAACUACAUGUUUCAGCGUCCCGACAUCUUUGUCAAACCCGGCGGAGCCCGUCUCAUCCUCAACGAGGCACUGGGAAAGGGCCUCAUCUCAGUUCAAGGUCCAGACCACCGCCGCCAGCGCCGUGUGCUCAACCCGGCGUUUGGCUGGCGCCAAAUCCUCGAAAUGGCGCCCAUGGUCUUUGACAAGGCAUAUGAAAUGCGCGAUGCGCUUGCCCGUCAUGUGGCAUCCCCGGAUCUGUCUUCUCCGUCCGUUGACCGCGUGCCUGGUACCCGUCGCCUGGACAUGAGCAAGAUCUCCAUGCAGGUCACCCUCGACAUUAUCGGUCUUGCGGGAUUCGGCUACGAGUUCAACGCACUCACCGACGGUUACAAUGAGCUCCGCGAGGCCUACAUCGGAGCAAUCAAGUCGGCCUUUGACCUGAACCCGAUUACCAUGUUCCAGAUCAUCUUCCCAAUGGCAGGGAUCAUCCCCACUGCCCGCAAGCGCGACCUCGACGCAUGCCGCGCCACAGCCCAGCGCAUUGGCAGACAGCUCGUCGCCGAGAAGAAGAAGAACCUCGUCGACAUGUACAGUGGAAUUGCCAAGGACACCCAGGUGGACAAGGACUCGCUCUCCCUGCUGCUCAAGGCCAACCUCGCCCCGGACCUUGGUCCCGAGGAACGCCUUACCGACGAGGACGUCAUGGAGCAGAUCUCCACAAUUCUGUUUGCUGGGCACGAGACGACAGGCACUUCCAUGAUGUGGGGUCUCUAUCACUUGGCCAAGAACCAGCGCGUCCAGGACAAGCUUCGUGACGAAGUCCUCAACCUCGGCCAGGAAUGCCGAAGCUUUGACGCUUUGCAGGAACUCCCGUACCUCGACAAGGUUGUGCACGAAAUUCUCCGUCUCGAGAACCCGGCCCCUGUCCUCAGCCGCGAGGCCACUUGCGACGUUCACAUCCCGCUCGCCACGCCGAUUAUGGGCCGCGACGGCACCAUGAUCGACAGUGUACACAUCAAGGCUGGGCAGCUCAUCAACAUCCCUACGGGCUAUGUCAACCAGUGGCCCGAGGUCUGGGGCGACGAUGCGCGCGAGUUCAACCCCGACCGCUUCGGCCGCGAGGGUAUCCCGAGCGCAAAGGUGCCCGGCAUUUGGGGCAACAUCCUCACCUUUAUUGGUGGGCCGCGCAACUGUAUCGGCCACCGCCUCUCUGUCCUUGAGCUCAAGGUGCUGUUCUACGUACUCGUUGGCAACUUCAAGUUUGAGGAGCUUCCCAGCAAGCCAGAGUACAAGCGCACGUGGAUGGUCAUUGAACGCUGCGUCGUCGUCGGCGAGGAAGAGGCUGGACCGCAGCUUCCCCUGCUUGUUCGUCCUGUUGUGGACAUCUAA